CCUAUCUGUUUCACAUCUACAACCCAGUGGCUGAAACACUGUUGCGGGGCGUAUGGAGAAGCGUCCGUACAGCGCAGUGAGCAGUUAGCAAAUUCCGCUUUCCCGGUCUUUGAACGGAUAAAAGCCAAGUUUAUAUUUUGUCUAUUCUUUUAGCUCGCGUUUUCUGCGCUCCAUUCUUUCAACUGCAGGCCUUUCAUUGAAAAGUGGGUGUCUGCUCACUGGUGUUCAGGCAGCGGCGAGUGCGUAAGUGUGUCCUCGAUGGCAGGGUGGAAGGACGGCUCGGUGCAGGAGAAGUAUCGGCUGGUUGUGGUUGGAGGUGGCGGUGUUGGAAAGUCAGCCUUAACUAUCCAAUUUAUCCAGUCGUACUUUGUGACAGACUAUGACCCCACGAUUGAGGACUCGUAUACGAAGCAGUGUGUGAUUGACGAGAGGGCGGCCAGGCUUGACAUUCUGGACACGGCCGGACAGGAAGAGUUUGGAGCCAUGAGAGAACAAUACAUGAGGACAGGGGAGGGCUUCCUGCUGGUGUUCUCCGUCACUGACAGAGGAAGCUUUGAAGAAAUCUACAAAUUCCAAAGACAAAUCCUCCGAGUUAAAGACCGCGAUGAGUUUCCCAUGAUCCUCGUGGGCAACAAAGCAGACUUAGAACUGCAGCGGCAGGUGACCCAGGAGGAGGGUCAGCAGCUGGCCAGGCAGUUGAAGGUGACGUACAUGGAAGCCUCAGCCAAGAUCCGUAUGAAUGUAGACCAGGCCUUCCAUGAGCUGGUUAGGGUUAUCAGGAAAUUUCAAGAGCAGGAAUGCCCACCGUCGCCGGAACCCACAAGGAAAGAGAAGGACAAGAGUGGCUGCCACUGUGUGAUCGUCUGAGUGGGCCUUAUCACUGUCACUCACCCAGCUACUGUUAAUUGUCCCACCCCCAUGCCUGACAUCACAUCCUGUAAGGAUGACUAAACGCUGCCUUCUCCACGUGCAUGAGUUCAGCCCCUCCUGACAUGGCUACCAGGAAGUGCUGCCCCCCAGGACUUCAUAUCUAGAAGAUACUGACAAAGCCAAAUCUUAACAAACACCACUCUACCUUCAUCAAUAAUCAAUUUCACACAGAGAAAGUCCCAACACUAAACAUUGCCUUUUAAAUCAGCUUAACGAGUUCAUUUUUUUGUAUUAUGAAGGACUUCUCUUGCCUUGUAGUGACAUUUGUACUUUUGCCGAGAUUGAAUGAGAAAUCUAUGAUAUCCAGAAUGUUGGGGAAAGAUUUAUUUUAGGUUCCAGUGUCCAUCAGACUAGAGAGGGAGAGACGAAGUGAGGAAGCAUUUUGUAUGUCGUGCCAUAUCUGUUUUUACUUCCAUGUGCUAAUCCGCUACUGUACAUAUGUGAAAUUUGUUGUGAUUUUGAAAGUGCAUUUUUAAUGACUUAUUAAAUCGCCACAGUACAGUGAGUGAGGUUGGUGAGUUUGGUUUGACAUACAGUAUAUGAACAUAAAUGUGUACACGUAUGUACAGAUUAUAUAUAUACAGUAUAUACAUGGAAUGCAGUUGAUCCAUAUUUGCUGUUUGGAUGCUGCUGUAAUCUAUGUGGCCAAAUACUGUAAGGUUUGUGGACUUAUAAUAGGCUUCAAACUCUAUAAAAAUUUCAAACACUUAUUGUUUUAUUUAUGGUGCAAAAAAAAUUCAAACGUUUGCUUCUCUGAUAUGUUUUUGAUGAUCAAAAUCAGGUUUUCUUGAUCGAAUAAAUAACUUUAAACUUUUGACAAAGAGAUCAUACUGAAGGUUGGAUAAUUUUCAGUAAUACAGUAAUACUAUCACUGAAAACGAGGAUGAUACACCAAACAUGUUUCAGAAAUGUCUUUCUGAGCUAUCCGACAAAUUCAUCUUUGUUUCAUCAUUCCAAUUAUAUGCAUAUGAGCCCAUGACAGGAAGUUAUUCUAUUAAAGAUGGUCUUGGUUCUUGGCAU